UGCCUGCUCCUGCCCAUCCCUGCCCCUUCCCUCCCCAGCUCCCGCGAUCCCAAAGGAUGGCCUCUUCCUGCCCGUGCCUUUGAAGUGCGGAGCAAGCACGAUCGCUGCGGGGACUCAUGGCCACGGCCAGCAAGGGCAGCAAGGCCAAGGGGGGCUCCGUGCGCUUCGCCCCGGCGCAGCCCCCCGAGGGCUCCCACGGCCACGUCCACUUCGAGGAGCAGCUCCGCGAUUCGGCCGUGAUGGUGACGCGGGAGAGGGACGGCAGCUUCCUGGUGAAGGUGGGGUUCCUGAAGAUCCUGCACAAGUACGAGAUCACCUUCGUGCUGCCGCCGCUGCGGGGCGCGGGGGGGGAGCUGUGCCCUGUGCCCCUGCCCAGCCUCAACCUGCGCCUCACCGGCAUCACCCCCCUGCCUGAAGGGUACAGCGUGAAGUGCGAGUACACGGCGCACAAGGAGGGGGUGCUGAAGGAGGAGAUGGUCCUGGCCAGCGAGGCCGGCGAAGGAGCCACCAUCAGGGUCGUGGUCCAAGCCCGUGUCAUGGACCGGCACCACGGCACCCCGAUGCUGCUGGAUGGGGUGCGCUGCAUCGGCGCCGAGCUGGAGUACGACUCGGAGCAGAGCGACUGGCACGGCUUCGACUAGACCCUGACCCCCCCGUGAGGAUGGAGCCCAUAUGGAAUCAGGGACAAAUCCCCCCCCCCCCCCCCCCGUGUCAAUGGGGUCACCAGGAGCUGGGGGUCCCCCAGUGCCGGAGCCCUGGGGAAGGGACCCCCUCGCUGCCUCUGGCUCUCUUGCUGCUUUCCCCCCGCUUUCCUCCCCGGAGCCCCCCAGGAAAGGGACGUUUGGGGGUGCUGGAGCCCCUCAGGGUGAGGUUUUGCCUCUUGGGGUGCAGAGCAGAGCUGGACCAGGGCAGGGUCCGGCAGUGGAAGGGGUCAGGUCCCCAGGGCUGCCCUUGGGACAGAGCCUGUCCGUGUCCUCGUGUUGCAGCCAUCGCCUUGGUCUUAGUCCUGUUACCCUUUCCCCUCCAGUUUCCUGUUCCCUUCCAGUUUCCCUU